AUGGCUGACAGCGAAGUAAUGGAGGGGAUGGACCUAGAAUCAGAAAAUCUUGACGUCCACCCUCCUGAUCUGCAAGAAGCUAACACAACACAAGCAGAGAUGGAACAGGAUGACAAAAAAACAUCAGAUGAAGAGCUGACAACUUUAGUUGUGGCCACUGAGCAGCAGCAGGAUCUCGAAGCAGGCCAUGAGGAAGAGAUGCAACCAGAAGAUAACCUUAAUGGAACGAAAGACAGUCCUAAUGAAGAACAGCACCUUCCCUUCGACUUUUCCCAGACCCCUCAGUUCCUGACUCGUUCCUGGAGUGAAUACUCGAAUUUCCCAGAGAAUUACCUCAAAGGCUGCAAGUGGGCUCCGGAUGGUUCUUGCAUCUUGAGCAACAGCGCAGACAACGUUCUACGUGUCUACAACCUUCCUCCAGAAGUUUACACCUACGAUUGGGAGGUGCUGCAGGAGAUGAGUCCAGUCCUUAAGAUGGCUGAAGGAGACACAAUUUAUGACUACUGCUGGUUCCCCAACAUGAACUCAUUGGAGCCGACCUCCUGCUUCCUCGCGAGCAGUAGCCGCGACAACCCCGUGCACCUGUGGGAUGCCUUCUCCGGGGAGGUGCGGGCCAGUUUCCGGCCCUACAACCACCUGGACGAGCUGACGGCCGCCCACUCGCUAGGCUUCUCUCCCGAUGGCUCGCGGCUCUACUGCGGCUUCGACAAAACCGUCAGGGUAUUCCACACCGAGCGGCCCGGCAGGGAUUGCGAAGUUCGGCCAACAGCAGCAAAGAAGCAGAGCGGCCAGAGCGGCAUCAUCUCCUGCUUGGCCUUCAGCCCCUGCCAGUCGCUCUACGCCUGCGGCUCGUACUCGCGUUGCGCCGGCCUCUACUCGUGCCAGGAUGGCUCUCCGCUGGCUCUGCUUCCCGCCCGCCACCACGGCGGCCUCACCCACCUCCUCUUCUCUCCCGACGGCUACUAUCUGUACACGGGCGGCCGCAAAGAUCCCGAGAUCUUGUGCUGGGACAUUCGAGAACCCGGACAGGUGGUGUUUUCCCUUCAAAGGAAUGUGGCGACCAAUCAGCGCAUCUACUUCGAUCUCGACCUGUCAGGCAGGUACCUGCUGAGUGGGGACACCGAGGGCACAGUGUCAGUGUGGGACACUCUUUCACCCCCUGCUGGCACUGAGGAGCUACUGCAGCCUCUUCUCAAGUUCCCGGCACAUUGGGACUGCGCCAAUGGAAUCAGCAUCCACCCCACAAUGCCGCUGCUCGCCACAUCCAGCGGCCAGCGGCAGUUCCUGUGGCCUAGUGACGGCGAGGGAGACUCGUCGUCGUCUUGCUCCGACGGCGAGGGGAGCGACAGGACGCCGGAGAAUCGGGGCGACAGGACGCCGGAGAACCGGGGCGACAACGGACUAAGCUUGUGGUGGGCCGGACCGUGCGCCCGCGACACCGCGAAACCUGACGAGGGUCAUUCAGACGCAUAG